UUGGGUGAGCUCAGAACUAGCUCCGGAACAAAAAUUCAGAAGGUAACCUCGACUAUGCUCGACUCCUGUAAAAGCCUACCAUUGUUCCACCAUACACAGCCUACCAAGUUCUGUUAGUUGGACGUUUGCAAUUUGCUUCCCUUGAGCAAAACAUCUCGAGAACAAUUCGAGCAUUGCUGUACCGACCGGCUGGCUCAUGUGGAAGCUGAAGAUUGGCGAGGGCGGUGGGCCGUGGCUGCGGUCGGCGAGCAACUUCCUCGGCAGGCAGGUAUGGGAGUUUGACCCUGAUGCCGGCACGCAGGAGGAGCGCACCGAGGUUGAGAGGAUGAGACAGGAGUUCACGGAGCACCGGUUCGAGAAGAGGGUAGCACAAGACCUUCUUUUAAGAUUUCAGUGUGCAAAACAAAUCCACCAUCAGGUGGAUUUUCCAGUCAUCAAACUUGUAAACAGUGCGGAAGUCACCGAAGAAAUUCUAUUAACGUCACUGAGGCGAGCCCUUGCCCAGCAUUCUACUCUACAAGCACAUGAUGGUCAUUGGCCUUGCAAUUAUAGUGGGGUUAUGUUCAUUAUGCCUAUUCUGGUGUUUGCUCUGUAUGUCACUGGGUCACUCAAUGUUGUUCUAUCAAAAGAACAUCAACGUGAGAUAUGCCGCUAUAUUUACAACCAUCAGAAUGAGGACGGUGGUUGGGGCAUGCAAGAGUUGGGACAGAGCACUAUGUUCAGCUCAUGCUUAAACUAUGUUACGUUAAGACUUCUUGGGGAGAUGUGCACGCAUGAAGCUUUGACCAGAGGAAGUGCAUGGAUCUUGUCUCAUGGAAGUGCAGCAGCAAUUCCUCAAUGGGGAAAGAUUUGGCUAUCGGUAAUCGGCCUGUAUGAUUGGAAUGGAAAUAACUCGAUCAUUCCUGAGCUAUGGCUUGUUCCAUAUUUUCUUCCAAUUCAUCCUGGGCGGUUCUGGUCCUUCUGCCGGUUGAUUUAUAUGCCGAUGGCUUAUCUAUAUGGGAAGAAGUUUGUUGGGCCAAUUACACCAACAAUAUUGUCGAUACGAAAUGAGCUAUAUAACAUACCAUACAGUGAGAUCGAUUGGAACAAAGCUCGAGACACUUGUGCUAAGGAAGACCUUCUCUACCCACGGUCCUUGGUGCAAAAUGCUGCAUGGACUUGCGUGAAUAAAAUUUUGGAACCAGUGCUGAACUGUUGGCCAGUUAACAAAUUAAGAGAUACAGCAUUGAGAAACAUCAUGAAGCAUAUUCAUUAUGAAGAUGAAAGUACUAAUUACCUCUGUAUAUGCCCUGUCAACAAGGCACUAAAUAUGAUUUGUUGUUGGAUAGAAAAUCCAAAUUCGGAUGCAUUCAAGCGCCACCUUCCGAGGAUCUAUGAUUAUUUAUGGAUUGCGGAAGAUGGCAUGAAGUUACAGGUGUAUGACGGCACUCAAACAUGGGACACAGCUUUCAUUGUCAAAGCAUACUGCUCAGCUGACCUUAUUCAUGAGUUUGCUCCAACACUUUCGAAAGCUCAUGAGUUCAUAAAAUGUUUACAGAUUCUUGAAAACCAACCCGACUAUGAAAAUUAUUACCGCCAUAGAUCAAAAGGGUCAUGGGCUCAUUCAAUUAUAGAUAACGGAUGGUCUGUAUCUGAUGCAACUGCAGAAGCACUUCAGGCAUUGUUGCUGUUAUCAAAGAUCUCUCCCAACCUUGUGGGGGAUCCCAUAAAAGAAGAAAGGUUGUAUGAUGCAGUGGAUUGCUUGCUGUCUUUUAUGAACAAAGAUGGCACCUUUUCAACAUAUGACUGCAAGAGAACCACAUCUUUGUUGGAGGUUCUGAACCCUUCCGAGACUUUUCUGAACAUUGUUGUUGAUCAUCCAUCUGUUGAAUGCACAUCAUCGGCUCUUCAAACUCUGGCCAUGUUCAGGGAGCUGUAUCCAGGGUACCGCGAUGAAGAGAUAGGAAAAUGCAUUAAAGGAGGAUCCAAGUUUAUCGAGAACAAACAGCGAAAGGAUGGCGCAUGGUUUGGAAAUUGGGGUGUGUGUUUCACUUAUGGGACCUUAUUUGCGGUAGAAGGGUUAGUUGCUGCUGGAAGAACUUAUGAAAACAGUUCUUCCAUCAGGAAAGCAUGCAGCUUUCUGUUGUCAAAGCAGCUAAGUACAGGUGGAUGGGGAGAGACUUAUCCUUCUAGUGAAAACGCGGUUUAUGCAGGGACUGGUCGUCCUCAUGCAGUGAACACUGCAUGGGCAAUGCUGUCUUUAAUCUUUGCUGGGCAGGUUGAACGGGAUCCGGAACCGCUAUAUCGUGCUGCAAAAGAAUUGAUCAAUAUGCAACUAGAGUCAGGCGAGUUUCCCCAGCAAGAACAUGUUGGAAGCUUCAACUGCUCCUUUUACUUCAAUUAUGGCAACUACCGCAACUUGUUCCCGAUUUGGGCUCUUGGAGAGUUUCGGAGUCGAUUUCUUGCGCAAAAGAAUAGAAACAAUGGGCAUGAUUAUCUUUCCUCCUGCUCAUAUCUACUGCAGAAAGUGGGUAAUUAAAUGUUAAACAAGAUUUGCAAUUCUUUAAGAAAAUUUUCCACAGGCAAACUAUGAUGUAGCAUGUAUGAUCCAAAGAAAAUGAAGUCCUUGAUAUGUGUAUCCUUCACAAAAUAACUGUUAGUGCUAAUCUUGUUAGUUACAUGAGUCCAUAAGGUGUGUAUCUGUGUUACUUUAGGAUCCUGGUUACGGAAGGAUGGUUGCAUUGCUCUAUCAAGUAGUGUGAUACAAUACAAGACCAAAGUGCCAUAAACAUACAAUCUUUAUUGGCAGA